AUGAAAACAAUCUCCAUAAUCGCAAUCAUAGUUGUACUCUAAUUAGGGUAGGUAUCAAGUUUGUCAUUUAAUGAUCCUGAAUGCAGUGCUAAAUAUUUGAACAAAUUUGGAACUGCAAAUAAUGCUGAUGGAUCAGGUGCUUCAAAAAUUGCCUUCACAGGAGAUGUCUCCUUUGUCUCAGGAACUGCUAAUGCAAAAGUUAACUUGAGAUACUCUGAUGUUGAUCUUUAUAAUGAUCCAACAUAUUAUGGUCUUGUAAAGGAAGAUGGUAAAUCAGCUGACUAGGUUUGUCUUGAUCUUAAAUUAUGGAAAUAUACAUCCAAUUCGUAUUCAGAUCCAUAGUAGGUUACUGAUUUAACAAUAACAUCAUCAAACAACUUCUCAAAAUAAUGGAGAUAUUAUUCAUUCACAAUCCCAGGAGCUGAAUUAAAAACCAGAUUGGUUGAAACAUCUAAUUCCAAUUAAUUCAUUUACAAAGGAUAUUAUGCACUUGCUUAUUAUGCAGCUGGAACAGAUUAACUCUAAUACACAUUCUUUUUUGAAUUUUCUCUUACAAUUGAUAAAUCAACAGGUGCUGCACUUGACACUUCAUUCAAGCCUUUGAGUUAAUAAUCCACUAUUGGUUGCACAACAACUAGUGGUUGCAAAGCCACAGCAGAUACCACAUUAAAGUGGUGCACUGAUUUAAAAUGCACUGCAUUUCAAACCCCAGAUCUUCAUUUAAAUGAUCAGUUUGUUCUUUAAUAAGUUAUCAACACUAGUGGAAUGAAUGGCUUUUAUUUAACUGGAACUGAAGUUUGGUACACAGGAAAUGGAUUAAAUAAGAAAGCAUCACCAACUUCUAUAAAUAAUGCAACUCCAGGAUAGGUAAUUAUUUAAUUGAAAGCUGAAAUUGCAUGGAGAGCAGUUACAAUUAAAGUCACUUCGAUUUUAUCAACAUCGGCAGCAGGAGGAAGAAGAAUGUUGGUUUAAACUGAAUUUGAUCCAGUCUCUGGAGAAACUGAAGAAAUUAAGUGUAUUAAGGAUGAAGGAUCAGAUACAUGUACAACAUGCGAAUAAGAAUGUGAUGUUAAUGGAUUUGCUCAUGAUGGAUGUCCAAGUUGUUCCUUUUCCCAAUAGUUAGCAUUUGUUUUCUUGGCCUUAUUGCUAGUUUUCACAAUUUGAUUCAUUCAUAUAUAUGAUAUUGAAAUUAUAGAAAUUCAUAAU